AUGGCACCUUCUCGAGAUCUCGUGAAAGAUGAUGACUCCGACUUUGAAUAUCCGGAUCCGAAACGACGUCGGCUUUCUGGCGACAAGGAUGCUUCAGGUGGUGAAGUCAGCUCAGAGGGCGAGGAAGUCUCGCCCGUGCAAGUUCCGUCACCACAGCAGCAGGAACUCAGUUUGAGUAGGAUCUCUCGCAUCAAGAAGUCAGAUGAAGCUCUGGAGGCAGCACCGACUCGGCUGGCUGUUCGGCCUGCAGACACUGACUUCAAGUCCUUGGCGGUGGCACCGUGGCUCGUCCACACACUCAAGUCACUGUCCAUUACCAGCCCGACACCAAUUCAGCAGUCAUGCAUACCGCCAAUCCUCGAGGGCCGGGACUGUAUAGGAGGCUCCAGAACGGGAUCGGGCAAAACAAUAGCGUUCGCAGUGCCAUUGUUACAGAAGUGGGCGGAGGAUCCGUUCGGCAUAUAUGCCGUGGUACUGACUCCUACUCGCGAGCUGGCCCUUCAAAUAUACGAACAAUUCCGAGCCUUGGGCGCUUCACAAAAUCUCAAAGUCGUGCUCAUCACAGGCGGGACUGAAAUGAGACCACAGGCGAUUGCUCUCGCGCAGAGACCUCACAUCGUCGUUGCGACACCUGGCCGCCUGGCCGACCACAUCCAGACUUCCGGCAAAGACACAGUCAUAGGCUUCUCUCGCGCCAAAGCUGUCGUUCUAGACGAAGCAGAUCGCCUGCUCAAGUCCGGACCUGGAUCAAUGCUACCAGACCUCAACACGUGUCUCUCUGCCCUCCCACCGCCGGCCUCGCGACUAACCCUCCUCUUCACCGCCACCGUGACUCCCGAAGUCCGCUUCCUCAAAUCCCAGCCACGCAAUGGCCGCCCUCCAGUAUUCAUCUCCGAGAUCUCCGACUCCGCCUCCGACCCUUCCGACCCCACUAAUGGCGCUCCUACCCUCCCGCCGACCCUCACACAGACCUACCUCCAACUCCCCGCUGCCCACAAACCCGCCUACCUACACGUCCUCCUGCAAACACCCUCCAUGACAGCCCACGACCCCUCAAUCAUCAUCUUCACUAACCGCACCACGACCGCCGACCACCUCCACCGGACAUUCCUCCAGCUUGACCACCCCGUCACCGCACUACACUCCGCCCUCCCACAACGCCAGCGCUCUGCAAACCUUACUGCCUUCCGCGCACGAAAGUCCCGCAUCCUCAUCGCAACCGACGUCGCCUCUCGCGGUCUCGAUAUCCCUUCCGUGCGGUACGUCGUCAACUACGACGUGCCCCGUGAUCCAGCUGACUACGUGCAUCGGGUUGGACGCACGGCGCGUGCGGGCAGAGAUGGUACGGCAAUUACUUUCACCGGACCGCGGGAUGUUGAGCUAGUACUGGCAAUCGAGGAGUAUUUGCAGCCGGGUGGAGGUGGGAAGAUGCAGAAGUGGGAGGAAGAGGGCGUGAAUCUGGAGACGAGGAUUGUUAAGGGACGGACACUGAAGGAUGUGGAGGAGGCGAGGAUGGAGGCGUUGCGGGAGGUGGAGCAGGGGAAGGAUGUUUAUGGGCGGAGGAUUGGGAAGGGGCGCAAGGUUAGGAGUUGA